AUGCAGUGUGCGUCUGUAGUUUUUGUCCUUGUCCUCUCUUUGACUCUUAUCGGAACGAUAAUCACAUCGGAUCCGAUCGAUGACGUUCAAGAUGAAGUGAAGUCGGAUGAACCUCGACAAGUUCCAGUCUUAGUGUCACCAUUCCGAAAACAAACGAGCAUGCCUGAAUGUUUAUCGAAAACUCAACUUUUAAAUAUGUUGAAUCGAGAUCGACGAGCAUCGAUUUCUCGACCAUAUUUUCACUAUUGGCGAUCAGCUCGUAAACGGUCCACUAGUGGUGAACAGGAAGCUGAUCAUAGUGAUAACAAGCUUGCUUAUCGUUCUGCUGAUCUCGAUGCUUUACUUCUAACACUGAUUGGCCAUCUUCAAGGAAAAAAUAUUGAUAUUGUCUACGAAGAUUCAACCAAAAUAUGUUUAUCUCAAUCGAUUAGUGAUGUACUCAUUCAACAAGUCCUUGAUAAAUUCGAUACCCAUCGACGUGAUCAAAACACACAAGAUAAAGAAAGCAGUCACAAUAGACAAUCGUCAUCAUCAAAACACCCAAUCUUAUUUCGUUAUCGUCUUGGCUAA